ACUACGAGUCAUUUUCACAUUAUUCUUUUUCAUCGUGAAAUCAGCGUCACACCAUCUCCUGUUCGAGCGGCCAUCUGUUUAUCGUCUCGUCUUACAGCUUAUGGUACGUCUUGGCACUAGAAGCUUCAGACUCCAUAGUCAAAAUUCCUGCCCCUCUCUUGUUUGCAGCUCGAUAUACUCGGUUUACUCGAUUUCACUACCGCUGAAGCUCCGACCCCUUGAAGAACGAAAUUUCAAUAUCCAUCGAGUCCAAGAGCUCACGCCAGACGAGCGACUACAUCGAAAUCGUGUGAGUCACAGCAGUAGUGCCAAACGGCAACUUUUUUCUUGCUUGAUAACACGAGAGUUGUUCGCAUGGCAAUGCUUGCUUGAUCAUUAAUGCUGAACGCUCACCUGCGCCCAUGGAUUCCUAGGAUUUAUUCCCACGUCAGGAUCAACUGCCGCAGCUUGCAGUCCUGUAUCUCGAGAUUGGGCGCAUAUGGCAGACCCUCCGAUCACAAGGCUUCCUCUUUAACAGGCCAGACGUACACUUCUUCUAUGCCAGCGCAGAAAAGAAAAAAUACGAACUCGGAUGGUGAAUUCAGAAUUCGAAAGAUUAAACAGUCAAAACGACGAAACGGCAAGAUGGACGGAACGAAAAUGAAACGGCAGACUCUCCCAACAAUUGAACUUACACCGAUAGAAAAAACCAUACAGAGACUUUUGCUGGAUUUAAAAGGAUAUAUCGAGCAGAAAGAGAAAUCCGAGGGUAGAACAGCACAAGAAGAAAUGGUAUUACGCUUCACCGGUGGCUGGGUUCGAGAUAAGCUGCUGGGUGUUACAAGUCACGAUAUCGAUGUCGCAAUUAGCACAAUGACCGGGCUACAGUUUGGAACCUACCUUCAGGAAUAUUUGGAUGAUCCAGAUAAUCUGCAGAAAUAUAUGGACAACAAGGAGCUUGCAUUCACUAGUGAGAUGUUGAAAGUCCAUACAAUCAAAGCGAAUCCGGAGAAGUCUAAGCAUCUGGAGACCGUGGCCACAAAAUUGUUUGGUCUGGAUAUCGAUCUGGUUAACCUGCGAAAGGAAACAUAUACCGAGCAUAGUCGGAAUCCACAGGUGGAAUUUGGUACAGCCGAGGAAGAUGCUCUACGUCGAGACGCAACUGUCAAUGCAUUAUUCUACAAUCUGAACACGUCAAUGUUAGAGGAUUUUACCGGACUGGGGUUGGAUGAUAUGGAGAGGAAACUGAUCAGGACACCUCUAGAACCAUAUCAGACAUUCAAGGACGACCCUCUGCGAGUACUUCGGCUAAUACGAUUUGCGAGUAGACUUGGUUACCACAUCGACGAGAAGACCCAGGAAGCUAUGCAGAAUGACGACAUAAAAAGGGCUUUCAAAUUGAAAAUCAGCAAGGAACGCGUGGGCGUAGAGGUGGAGAAAACCCUCCGAGCGGCGGAUCCUAGAAUUGGUUUGAGGUACAUAGAUGACCUUGGGCUCUACUCGACUAUCUUUGCAAAUCAAUACGAUGAUGCUGAGCCGCACGUCGCUUCUUGGUCUCUUGCUUAUGACGCCCUCGAUCACAUUUUGAGCCGCGUGCUCAAAACAGACGAGCUCAGGCAUAUUAAGCGCAUAAAGAAUAUUCUCAUUCGAAACGAGGAUGAGACAUUCUAUGCUUGGGUUAUGGCCGCGUUCACCCCAUGGGUCACUGUACCUGAACGUGUACCAACUUCAAGGAAACAGAAGCCGCCUAUCAUAGCAAGGGCGGCGGAAGUCGCAAGGGAUAAUCUUCGCAUGGAGAACAAAAUAGUCAAUGCUCUAAAGGACGCAACAGCACUCUUUAAAGAGGUCAGCUCUCUGAAAAGUUCGGUGAUUUCAAAGGACAUCCCAGGGACAGCUGCCGAGGUUAGACAACACGUUGGACUCCAAAUCAGGUCUUGGAAGAAGGAUUGGAGGUUGAUUGUCUUGAUGGCCAUGCUUCAGGAGAUCUCGGCUGGCGUCGAACCGCGUAAAGGUAUGUCAAAUGGGGGUUUCAAUCAACCGAGCAACGCUACUGACUCUGCAUUAGUCUUCCAGGAAUACGAUGCAUUCCUCUCAUAUCUAGAGAAAGAGGACCUUCUUGAAGUGUCUGAACUGAGACCAAUUGCAAAUGGCAAGGAAGUUUCCACUGCGUUUGGUCUACCCGAUGGCAAAUGGCUUUCCUCGGCUCUAGAUAUGCUGAUCAGUUGGCAGCUUCUCCAUCCUCACAAUGCUGACAAGAAUCAGGCACUGGAAGAACUAAAAAGCCGUAGGGCGGAGUUGGGAGUGUGAUGUAGGAUCUCUGUUAUACUGAAUGAAAUGAUUAAACAUUACAGUAGAGUUUCUUCUCCA